UGUUUUAACUAACUUGCAGCGGAGAAUCAAGUGCAAGAAGGAGACAAUGACGUACAAGAAGUGGACGUGCUGGGUGCAGCUGCAGAACAAUCUUCUAGAUAUGUCACUGCACGAGAAUACUACUGCUUCAAGUUGCAAAUUAGACGGGGAAUUUUCAACAUUUUAUUAUUCGGAGGGCGUCUUUUCCAGCAGUGGGCUGUGGAUAUGUAUAUAAAAAUUGAGUCCAUGAGACUAGAUUGGUACUCUAAUCCUGAUAAUCAAAAACUUAUACGUGCGGAAUUAUACCAGGGACUGGUUGAUGUUAUCUCUGUUGGUGAGACGCAGGGUUCUAAGGUUGGAAAGAGAAUUGUGUUGCCAAGAUCAUUCCCAGGAUGCGAUCGAGACAUGCAACAAAGAUUCCUUAAUGCUAUGGCUAUUGUGCAGCGAUUUGGCAAGCCUGAUUACUUCAUCACCAUGACAUGCAAUCCAUACUGGGAAGAGAUAACAAGCAAUCUAGAACCAGGCCAGGACCCACAAGAUAGGCCGGAGCUGGUUGCGAGAGUGUACAGGGCAAAAUUGCGGGAUCUAAAAGAUCUACUCAUCAAGAGGAAGUAUUUUGGUGAAGUCGCUGCAUAUGUUCAUGUUACAGAGUUCCAAAAAAGGGGUCUGCCACAUGAGCAUUUAUUGUUGAUUAUGAAAUCAGGGAGUAAGUUGACCACCCCAGAUGCAUAUGAUCGAGUUAUUUCAGCAGAGAUACCAGACAAGGACAAAUAUCCAGACUUGCAUGAUCUUGUUAUCAGCCAUAUGCUACAUGGCCCAUGUGGAGUGCUAAACAAAAAAUGUGCAUGCAUGGUCAAUGAAGAGUGUCGGUUUCAAUACCCUAGACAGUUCUGUGAGGCAACCCAACAAGGCAAUGACUCCUAUCCAACCUACCGGAGAAGGGAUGACGGACGUCGAGUCAAGAUUAGGAAAGCAGAGUUAGAUAACAUGUGGGUGGUGCCAUACAACCCAGGUCUGCUCUUCAGAUACAACUGUCACAUAAAUGUUGAGGCAUGCUCAAGCAUUAAAGCAGUGAAGUAUCUAUUUAAGUACGUUUAUAAAGGCCAUGACCAAGCAUCAAUCUCAGUAAAUGCAGAUCAAAAUGAUACAGAUGAUGGUGUCAUCAAUGAAAUAAAACAGUAUAGGAAUGCUAGGUACAUAUCUGCACCAGAAGCUGUGCAUAGAAUAUUUGGAUUCCCGAUGUUUGGAGUUUAUCCUGCAGUAUUGCAACUUCAGCUACAUUUGCCUAAUAUGCAGUCUGUGACAUAUAAUGAGGAUGAAAACCUGGAGGAUGUUGUGAGUCGCACCAGUUCUAAUAGGACAACACUGACAGAAUAUUUCAGUAAAAAUAGUGAAGAAGUGGCAGCAAGGAAAAUAUUAUAUAGGGAAUUUCCAGAACACUACCGGUGGAUCACAGGGAAAAAGAUGUGGCAAAGAAGAAAAAUAGCAUCAGCGCAGAUAGGGCGGAUUGUCUAUGCUAACCCUGCUGAAGGGGAGAGAUACUUCCUAAGAGUACUACUAAAUCAUGUGAGAGGUGCAACAUCUUUUGAGGAUUUGAGAACAGUGGCUGGUGUAACAUACUCUACUUUUAGGGAAGCGUGUGAGAAAAGAGGCCUUAUUGAGACAGAUAGAUCAAUCGACGAUUGCUUGACUGAGGCCACCACUUUUCACAUGCCGUGUGCCUUGCGGAGGUUGUUUGCUACAAUUCUUGUGUUUGGCGAGGCCACUAACAUAGGUGGACUGUGGGAGAAGCAUAAGGAGGCGCUAGGUGGAGACUUCAGUCGGGACAACAGCAACCCGUCGAUAGUGGAGCAAAUGGUGCUUAGGGACAUAAGGGAUAUGCUUCACUCGAUGGGAAAAAAUAUUAGAGAUUAUGGUCUACCACCUAUUUGUGAGAUGGGUCCAACAUCCAUUGACAUGAUGAAAGAGGUUAGGGAGGAGCAGAAUGUCUAUGUUGACCAAGAACACCUAGAUAUUUUUAAUUCACUGAACAAGGAGCAGAGACAAGGGUUUGAUGAAAUCAUUCAGCAUGUCUUUGCCAAUAAGAGCCAAGUUUUUUUUGUAGAUGGUCCGGGAGGAACAGGAAAGACGUUCCUAUACAAGGCGCUCCUUGCUAGAGUUCGAUCAAAAGGUUUAAUAGCCAUUGCAACAGCCACAUCUGGUAUAGCAGCAUCAAUAUUGCCUGGAGGACGCACUGCACACUCCAGAUUUAAAAUUCCAAUUAAAAUUGGGGAGAACACCAUGUGCAGCUUUUCAAAGCAAAGUGGCACUGCCGAGUUACUUCGUAGGGCCUCGUUGAUUAUUUGGGAUGAAGUUGCCAUGACCAAGCGACAGUGUGUCGAGACACUUGAUAGGUCCCUACAGGAUAUCAUGGAAUGUGGUUUGCCAUUUGGAGGGAAGGUCAUGGUAUUUGGAGGAGACUCUAGACAGGUCCUUCCUGUGGUGCCACGUGGGACAAGAGCACAGGUAACUGAUGCUACUUUGCAGAAAUCAUAUUUGUGGGACAAAAUAAGAAAGAUACGACUGUCACAAAACAUGAGAGCACAGUCAGACCCUUGGUUUUCUGAGUACCUGCUACGAAUCGGAAACGGAACCGAAGAAACAAUUGGAGAUGAUUAUGUUCGACUCCCUGAUGACAUUGUGAUUGUAUACUAA